GCGUGUUCACAUGCAGCGUCUCCACAGCUCAGCCUGCACUGUGAGAACAAGACCUCCGAGCUCCCCUGAUGGACAUCUACGAGGAGGCUGUGCAGUAUCUGGAGUCACAGCAUGUGCCAGUUGUAGCAGAGACUGAUGUGCUGGAGGAGGAUGUCUUCCAGGAGGAGGCGGUGUCCUGCUUUCUCUCUCCUCUCCACUCGGAGAGCUUAGACUUCCCCGACACCCCUACGUUAUGCAGCCCGGAGGAAAUGUUGGAGAGGAGGCUCGUGGUCCUGAAAGGCAUCCUGGAGAGCGAGGAGGUUUACCUCAGAGAGCUGGAGGCCCUGCUGAUGCCCAUGAAGGCUCUACGGGCCUCAGCUGGGACCUCCCAGCCGGUUCUGUCCAGUCAACAGGUCCAGACCGUUUUCUACCAGGUGCCUGAGCUCAGAGACAUGCACCAGAGCUUCUACUCCGGCCUGAAGGCCCGGCUGAGCGCUCAUUGCCAGACUGAGUCCAGCCCAGGUGAGGAGAGAGAGAUGAACCACUCAGGCUUUAAGCUGAUGGUGGGGGACCUGUUUCUGAAAAUGGUGAACCAGAUCGGUCUGUACGGUGGUUUCAUUUCAAACUAUGAGGAAGCGGUUGAAGUCGUUCGAAAGUGCACACACACGGACCAUCGCUUCCGAACCCUUGCCGAGAGCAUGAUGUCUAAUAAUAACGGCUCAGACAAAACUCGGACCAAGUACACAUUUGAAGCUCUACUCUACAGGCCUCUGGACAGAGUAACCAAGACCACACUGGUGCUGCGUGACGUCCUGAAGGCGACGCCAGACCAGCACGGAGAUUACGCAUCCUUACAGGAAGCUCUGAGAUUGUCUCGCAGCUUCCUGUCUGGUGUCAACGAGCGUUCACAGUCCAAACGGGAGGUCACGCUCAGUCACGGCGUGAGACGUCAACUGAUGCGUGACGGCUUUGUGGUGGAUGUGUGCGAGGGAGAACGCAGCCUGCGUCACCUCUUCCUGUACACUGACCUCCUGCUGUGCACCAGAUUCAAACAUGCAAGCAGAGGGAAGCAGGACCAGUACAGGUUCAGCUGGUAUCUGCCUCUCGCCGGUCUCAAACUGCGCUGGGCUGCAGACCAGGAACGUACACCAGACGCACACCUUCGCUUACACACCAUAAGAACCAAGAUGUUCCUCCUCCGACAGCAGCUACAGCACCAGAAAGCAAAGGGGUCCAGGGGCGUGUCUUUGGAAGCUCGUAGCAGGAAGAAACUGGAGCAGAUGGAGCUGAUGCUGCUCACACACUCCCCUGUUUACAGACUUGAGCUGCACAGCCCCAGUGGCAAGAGUCACACUCUCCUCCUCUCCUCCCUCUACGAACUCGAAGAAUGGAGAGAGGCCGUCCACAAACUCACCACAGACAACAUAGAAACUGUCCCUCCGGACCUGCUCACCCUCACCAGUGCAUGUGUGAAACUGAGAAUGACCCAGCAUCCACCAUUACAGAGCUCCAGUGCUGUUGAGGACGAGGAGGCUUUAAGUGGGACUCUGAGUGUGGCCAUCCACUCCGCCUGCGGCCUGCAGCAACCAGCCUGUGUGUAUGUAUGCGUGGAAGUGGAUGGCUACGAGUUUUAUGAUAAACAAGCCCAGACACACUCGUCAAUCCACACCCUCAACCCACACUGGGACCAGGAGCUGUCUUUCCAGGUGGACGGGGCACGGGACCUGAGGGUGCUCUGCGUGAGUCAGUCUGACGGACAGGAUGAUGCAGUCCUGGGCAAAGCUUCUGUACAGCUGGAAUCUAAAACCCUGAAUAAGCGAUGGAGGAGACAGACUCUACACCUUGGACAGGUGGAGGUGAAACUCUCCCUGAAGUACUGUCCCCACCCGCUUGAGCCGCCCAGCUCCACAGCUCAGCAGCAACCUGUCUUCUGUGUCCCCAUUGAAACCGUGGCUCAACAGGAGGGAGUGCUGGUCCCUCAUGUGGUGCGCUGCUGCGUGGAGGAGGUGGAGAGGAGAGGCAUGGACGAGGUGGGCAUCUACAGGGUUUCAGGAACCACCAGUGACAUCAGCGUGCUCAAGGCUACGUUCAACACCAAUCUGCGUGAAGCCGUCACCCGGCUGAGGAGCGCCGAAGUGAACGUCGUCUCUGGGGUUCUCAAGCUGUACUUCAGAGAGCUGCCUGAGCCACUUGUACCCACCGAGCUGUUUCAGAGCCUGGCCAGGACGCUGGACAUCCAGGACACAAACUCCCGGCUUGUCUCCAUGUUGUCCCUGCUGCACUCCUGUCCUGACCCCAACCGCCACACCUUCCUGUACCUCCUGCACCACCUGCAACGAGUCUCUGAGAAGCAAGACAUCAACAAGAUGUCUCUGAUGAACCUGGCUACAGUGUUUGGCCCCAGCCUCCUGCGCCCCCCUGUGGUUGGAGUGGGGCAUGACGGCCCCACUGUGGAUAUCUCCCAGGAGGUGGUGGUGCAGGUCCAAGUGGUUUUCUGGUACCUGCAGUGCAACAACCUCCCUGAAGCCGAGACCUCUCUGCAACAUGACACAGACGCUGAAGAUGAGACCACCCACUUGUGAGACCACCAUCGCUGUCGCGGCUGGAAGGAAAUUAAAAUACUAUGUGCAAAAAGAAAAAAAGAAUUAUAAGGGAUUGCAAGACAAUAAAGGUAUUUAUUGAUAAAAAUCUGGAUUUGUGAUUAGUGUUUUUAUGUAUAUUUAGUCAUUUUUCCCACGUGUAACAUAUUCUGUUUUAAUUAAAUUUAGUACAAAAGAAAAACACUGGUUAAAGACUUAAACAUACAGAGUUUUGAUUUAUUGAAGUAGCUUUCGCUGUCAGACUGUAUGAACUCAUUCCACUCUUUAUACCAUAGCCCACACUGAUUCUCA